UCUGUGUCUAUGAGUGUGUCUGGGUGUGUGUGUAUGUGUGUGUCUGUAUGUGUGUGUGUGCGCGCCCCUCCUACCUUCGCUGCGCUCCGUGGAAACCGAAGAUUAUUAUUCAGGGUUGCAGCGCUCACAAUCCGCUGCCCGCCGGGGAGAGAGACGCAAACACCGAAAAUGACCGUAGAGGCCUUGUUUGACCAGCUUGGGCAUUUCAAAAGAUUUCAGGCAUGUCUGUACUUUGCAGCAGUCUUCCAGUCCGUAGCCUGUGGGAUCCACUACCUGGCCUCUGUCUUCCUGGUCGAGACUCCAAACUUUGUGUGCAGUGUGCCCGGCAACAUCACCGAUGUCUUGUACGGUAACCUGACAAGAUCUAGUCUGGAUGACAUCCUGCCAAUAUUCAAAGCAGGGACUGGGCCUUUGGUGGUGAGGACGGCUGAUGGUCAACAAUGGGAGCUCAGCCGGUGCCAGUGCGCCCUGCGCACCAACCCAAAAGACUUUACAUACAACUUUGAUGGCAACAAAACAGUGACAGCCUGCAAUGGGAACUUUGUUUAUGACCACACGGAAGUCUACCAAAGCAUAGUUACCGACUGGGAUUUAGUGUGUGAGAGAGAGUGGCUGGCCAAGCUGUGCCAGCCCACCUUCAUGUUAGGGGUGCUGAUUGGUGCGCUGGUGUUUGGGGACAUUGCUGACAGGGUUGGUCGUGUGAGGAUCCUAAUGCUCACCAGCCUCUGUCAGUUUGGUCUCGGGGUAUGUGUGGCGUUCUCUGGAAACUACUAUUUAUUUGUAGUGCUCCGAUUUCUCCUUGCCAUGGUGUCCAGCGGCUACCUGGUGGUGGUGUUUGUCUACGUGACCGAGUUCACUGGCCUCAAGGUACGCACAUGGACUUCUAUGCAUGUGCACGCAGCCUUUGCAGUUGGCAUCAUGGUGGUAGCUUUGACUGGCUACCUGGUGCGGGUCUGGUGGAUCUACCAGAUCAUCCUCUCCAUAUGCACCUCGCCCUUCUUGCUCUUCUGCUGGAAGUUCCCCGAGACGCCUUUUUACCUGAUGGCCAAGGGCCGUUACAAGGAAACUCAAACCCUACUAGACACGAUAGCCCGCUUCAACGGCCUUGAGUGCAGGAUGAGGGCCGAGGAUCUCCUGGAGCCAGAGGACAAGAAUAGCAGAGCUCUGCUGGAGAAGGAGUCAGAGGAGCGGCCAUUGCAGUCUGAAAAGAAACUAUCCAUCCUCGAUCUUUUCGGUAGUUGGAGGAUGGCGGGGCGCACAUGCACAGUGUGGGCCAUCUGGUUCAUCGGCAGCCUUGGCUAUUACGUCUUUUCUUUGGGCUCAGUCAACCUAGGAGGAAAUCAGUACAUUAACCUCUUCCUUGCUGGUGCAGUGGAGCUCCCCUCUUAUCUGGUUGGUUGUUUUGCAAUGGACCGGAUCGGCAGGAAGAGGACUUGUGCCCCAGCUCUGCUCCUGGCCGGGAUCGCUUGUAUGCUCAUCAUUGUGGUCCCCAGUGACAUCAAGGUGCUGGCCAUCGCUCUCAGCAUGACAGGAAAGUUUGCCAUCGCCAUCGCCUUUGGUCUCAUCUACCUGUACACCUGCGAGCUUUACCCGACAAUCAUCAGGUCUCUGGCAGUAGGUAGUGGCAGUAUGAUGUGCCGUGUUGGCAGUGUGGUGGCUCCCUUCUGUGUAUACCUGGCUGACGUCUGGGUCUACCUACCUCAGCUAAUCGUGGGAAUCCUGGCAUUUAUUAUCGGAGUGCUGACAUUGCUGUUGCCUGAGACUCUGGGCAAGCCUCUAACAACCACCUUGGAAGAAGCUGAAGCUCUGGGACGCGAGCCGAGCAAGAGGAACUCAGCCCUGGGCAAUAAAGACGCUGAGGAUGGGUUGGAGAUGAACCAACAUGUGGAUAGUGCCUGAGCUGUACACUGCUGGACAGAGACAGACACACAGAGAGAAGCUUUGGAAAAACAGAGUGGAAGGAAAAGAGAGGAGAUGAUGGCUGCCAAAACCUGAAACAGUGACAUCAUUGAUUUAUUGGGUUGUUGAAAAAAAAGAAAAGAAAAAAGAACACACUUUUAUUAGAACCAGUUGAAAUUAAGUGCUUGUUGACAUUUUGUUCUGCAAAGUGACCAGCAGUUUAGUACUCAAAGGGUCUUGAGACAUUACAGAAACCUUUCUGCUCGUACUCAAAUCUCAGUAAUGUAACGGUCAGUCACAGACAUAGUCCAAUCAGAGCAGUCCAUGAAUUUUGAUUAUCAGGAAAAUCAUGUGCUAUGUGUGUAUUGUGUAGUGUGUGUGCGCGUGUGUGAUACAUAUCUUGUGUAUCCAAGACCAAGGAAAUAUGAAGGAUGUAUCAUUUCAGUUUAUGAGUCUUUUUUCUUAUUUUUGUAGUUUUGGCCAUCAUUGCUAUUACACAUUAUACUCAUCAAAGGUAAUGGCCGAUUAAUCUAAACCACUUUAUUUGGAGGCUCAACUGAAAGACAGCUUGUGUUUCUUGCACCCUCAGACAUCUUUGUUAUGAUGUUGCUCUAUUCACAGAUAUCAGCAAUCACCUAACUUGUGAGUAGAGCAUUCUUAUUACUGACAGGACUGAUGGCCAAAACUACAAAAAACAGACCCAAGUUGUAAAUAAAUGUGUGGAAAGUGAAAGUGAAUGGGACUAUGUUAGUGAUACAACAGCCAUCUGCUGUUAAUGUACCAGUAAUCAUGAAUCAUGAUCAACUGCAGAUCAUGGGAUUAAAGCAUAAGGAUGCAAUGUUAUUCUAAACAUACAUUGUAGAGUCAUGACCCAAAUAAUAGAAUAUUUUAUUCUAAUAUCAAAGAGGUGCCUUAUUUUUCAUUUUAAAGUCACCUUUUAAUCUUUUUUUCAACAGUCAUUUUAAAUCUCAGGGCAUCUACUUUUGGUUAUCACUGUGAAACUAUACGAAUGUAUAAUUUUAAUUUAACACUCAGUUUGACAUUAUCCUUGAUUCCAUCUUGCUUAAGAUGCCAUCACUUAGCUUAACUUUAAGCGUGUGUGUGCGUGUGUGUGUGUGUGUGUGUGUGUGUGUGUGUGUGUGUGUGUGUGUGUGUGUGUUAGUGAGUACAAUAGUGAAGUACAUGGAAGUCAGUAUCCUCACUUUCUACAUGUAUAUUUAGAUUAUGAAAUCUAGAUGCUGGACAUACUGAAGGAAAUGAGCAACUGUAUAUGAAGUAACACAACAUUACUGUAUUUUCAAGAGUCAAGACGCGAUCAUGGGAUGUUUGGACCAAACACAGGAAUGAACUACAACAGUUGUAGUACACUAGCAUGUAUUUUUUCACAUCAAACAGUUGUGUGGUGCUUUAAACUGAAGGAAAACAAGUAAUGCAUUACUCAGGCAUUCAGUUCUGAACUGUUCAUAAUCAACAGUAUAAUUUUUUUUUGUAUGAAUAGCUACUUUGUGAGUAUUAUUUUUAUUUUAUUAUCACAAAAUAAAUAA